AUGUCUCACUACAAUCCAUCUAACACCGAAUGGGACUCUGUCACUGUUGUUGGUAAGAACGUCAGAAGAGGUCCAUCUGGUCCAAAGCAAACUGUUGCCAGAACUCAAGGUCAAAUCAAUGCUGCUCGUCGUACUGGUGGCGUUGUUUCUACUGAAAAGAAAUAUGGUUCCGCCAACAGAUCUAAUGGUACUGAAGGUCAGAGAUUAACCAAGAUUGACCGUGAAAACGAAGUUGCUCCACCAAAGAAGUUAGACAUCAGUGUUGGUAGAAUCAUCUCCAAAGCCCGUGCCGAAAAGAAAUUGACCCAAAAGGAAUUAGCUACCAGAUUGAAUGAAAAGCCAAACGUUAUUAACGACUACGAAGCCGGUAGAGCCGUCCCAAAUCAACAAUUGUUGGGUAAGAUGGAAAGAGUUUUGGGUGUCAAGUUGAGAGGUAAGAAUAUUGGUGAAUCUUUGGCCAAGAAGCCUGCCAAAUAA